GUUAGCAGUACAAUAAUGCUUCCUUACAUGCGUUAUUUAUGUGAAUAAAAAAAAAUUUGCUGCUUAAAAUCAUCUAAUUUGGUGUAAUUAUUGGCAACGUUGGUACUGAUAUUGGUCGCCGCGUUUUCUUGACAAGGUUAAAGUACCCGCGGCAGUACCAACAAACUAUAAAUGCACAAGAUCUCUUGCAAAAUCUUUCAGUCCGUCUCCAAUUUUUUUUUUUCGGUCGCGUAAAGUCGGGAAUUCCCAUAAGAGGGCCAACCUAGGAGAGCCUCUUGUGCGUUAGCCCGGCGUCAAUUUUUCGAUUUUCAAUAAGUUCGGUUUUUGGUGAUUGGUGACAAUGCCUCCUCAAGAAAAAAUUGAACAAAAUCAAAGGAGUGAAGAGUGUGACAAAAUGGAAUUACAAACUGAUGGCUUCACCAACAAGGCCUUUGUCAACGACCAGAACCAAAACCCUGAAAAAAUUCCAAAUGAAAAAUCGAAAAAGGACGAAAACUUUGAUUUCGACGAUUUGUUUCCUCACAUCGGUGCCUUCGGAUAUUACCAAAUAUUUUUGUUCGUAAUGAUGAUACCGUUUGCCUUCUUCGUAGCCUGGGUGUACUUUAGUCAAAUCUUUAUAACUUUGGUACCGGAAACCCAUUGGUGCUGGAUACCAGAGUUGAGUAAUUUAACAGUCGAGGAAAGAGUGGCUAUAGGGAUCCCUAUGGACGGAGAAGUGCUCAACAGAUGCUCCAUGUACGACGUAAACUACACAGAAAUCUUACAAAACGGCAUCAAAAUUGCUGACCCCUCAUGGAAGACUGUUAAAUGUAAGAAUGGCUGGGAAUAUAAUACCACGGAAAUACCUUAUUCAACAAUUGCUACAGAACUCAAUUGGGUUUGUGAUAACGCAGCUCUGCCCAGCACAGCUCAAUCCAUCUUCUUUUGCGGUGCCAUCCUGGGCGGUUUAGUCUUCGGUUGGAUCGCCGACAGAUGGGGUAGAAUACCGGCUUUAGUAGGCACCAACUUAGUAGGCUUUAUAGGAGGCAUGGCCACCACGAUGUGCGCCUCUUUCUGGACAUUCGCCGCUUGCAGAUUCUUGGUGGGCAUGGCUUUCGAUAAUUGUUUCACCAUGAUGUAUAUUUUAGUAUUGGAAUAUGUUGGACCAAAAUGGCGUACGUUCGUUGCCAACAUGUCCAUUGCCAUAUUUUUUACUUUUGCCGCUUCCAUAUUGCCAUGGAUCUCUUUGUGGUUGGGCAAUUGGAAGAUGCUCUGUUAUGUUACCAGCGCUCCAUUGGCUUUGGCCAUUUUGACACCUUGGAUUGUACCUGAAUCGGCUAGGUGGCUAGUAUCCAAAGGGAAAUUUGACAAAAGUUUGGGCAUUCUAAAGAAAUUUGCAACAUUUAACAGAAAAACUGUUGAACCAAAGGUUUUUGAUCAAUUUAGGGAAAGCUGCAUUAAAAUCCAACAAGAAGAAGAAAGCGGCAAAAACUAUACAGUUUUGGAUCUCUUCAAAACACCUCGUCUUAGAAGAAUCACCAUUAUUCUUAUUCUCUUAUGGAUGGCCAUCUCAUUGGUGUUUGACGGUCAUGUGAGAAACGUUGGUACAUUGGGAUUGGAUAUUUUUCUAACAUUCACUAUAGCCAGUGCCACAGAAUUCCCUGCAGACACUUUCUUGACUAUGGUACUGGAUGUUUGGGGUAGAAGAUGGCUUGCUUGCGGUUCCAUGGUUGUCAGCGGAAUUUUCAGUUUAUUGGCUACAGUGGUGCCUUUAGGUAUUCCUUCAGCCACUUUAGCUAUAAUGGGCAGAUUCGCUAUAAAUAUUUCUUAUAAUAUUGGUCUACAGUAUGCUGCUGAAUUGUUACCCACAGUAGUGAGAGCUCAAGGCGUUGCUCUUAUACACAUUAUGGGUUAUGUGGCUAGUAUUGUCGCACCAUUUGUAGUAUAUUUGGCUAAUAUUGAUUUGUCUCUUCCACUAUUAAUUUUGGGAAUCUUGGGCAUUGCUGGUGGAAUUUUGGCACUAUUCCUUCCUGAGACUUUGGAUCAAGAGCUGCCACAAACUUUACAAGAUGGUGAAAAUUUCGGCAUUGAUCAGAAAAUGUGGGAUUUCCCUUGCAUUAAAAAGCCUGAACCAGAAAAACCUUCUAACUUCCAACGGUCGCACUCCACAAGAUCAUCAAUAAGGGCUUCAACUAGAGGGGAAAUAAGAUCGAGCAUGAUCAAUAGGGGAUCGAUAAGGUCGAGAAAAUCAACUAGUUUUCCUGAAAACCAAGUGGUUUAACUAAAAUCUUUUUUUUCUCCUAUUGAGACAACUUGUUGUCGUGUCCUUCGAAAGCUGUGAUUUUAAUUGGUGCGUUCCAUUUUUAGGUUGUAAGGAUUGUUUGUAAAAAUUACAUUCGAUAAGAUGAGUAUUAUUUAUUUUAGACUUGUUAAUAUCCUUUUAGUUUUAUUUUAUUUAUGUGUUAUUUUGGAACGUUUUUGUGUGCGUUUUAUGUUGUGAAUGGAUUAUGAAGCAUUUGAGCAUCAGCAAAGAUAAUAAAUGUAUUAUAAUAAGUA